AGUCAUUUAUGUUUUUUUACAUUUUUGUUGUUUAAUGUACAUGUGGAAUUUCUUUUGGUAUACGGUUAUACGAUAGAUCUUUCCCCUCACAGGUAACUUAGUUGUUGUAGCACUGUUUUGUGAAUAUCUCACUUUUCCAUAAAUUUCUUUAAAAACACACAGUAAGUUUGAGCCUUAGCCGCCGUCUGAUUGCUCGCCUUGCACUGGCUGCCAGCUGCCUUCCUGCCUCGCCCAGCUGGUUCUCGCCCCCACCGCGGCCUGCUGAGCUUGCCCCACCCCACUCACAGGCAGGUCUGAGGCCAAGAGCGGCGGCCCGCAUACGCCUCCUUUUCGUGGUCAUGGGCGCCUUAGCCGCAUGGUCCUCAGCAUGUUCUGCUAAGAGUGGCACUGGCAUUGCUGCCAUGUCCGUCAUGCGACCAGAGCUGAUCAUGAAGUCCAUCGUCCCAGUGGUCAUGGCUGGCAUCAUUGCCAUCUGUGGCCUGGUGGUGGCAGUCCUUAUUGCCAACUCCCUGAAUGAAGGCAUCAGUCUCUAUAGGACUUUCCUCCCAUUGGGCGCUGGCCUGAGUGUGGGCCGCAGUGGGCUGGCAGCUGGCUUUGCCAUUGGCAUUGUGGGGGACACCGGCGUGUGGGGCACUGCCCAGCAGCCCCAACUAUUUGUGGACAUGAUCUUGAUCCUCAUUUUUGCAGAGGUGCUGGGUCUCUACGGUCUCAUCGUCGCCCUCAUCCUCUCCAUAAAGUAGCUCCUCUCUAAGCCCACCAGCCACAGGAUAUGCUG